AUGGAUUUUCGAUCGUUGGAUUCUUACGGAAUGGCUGAGAAUAUAUUGGUGGAUUCUCAUGUUUGGGUGGAAGACCCAGAGAUAGCAUGGAUUGAUGGGGUUGUACUGAAUAUAAAAGGAGACGAAGCUGAGGUUAAAACCAACGAUGGCAGAGAGGUUAUUGCCAACUUAUCAAAACUCCAUCCAAAAGACGCUGAAGCUCCUUCAGAGGGAGUAGAGGACAUGACAAGAUUAUCUUACUUGCAUGAGCCUGCAGUUCUCGACAACUUGGCUACCAGAUAUGAGAUGAAUGAAAUUUAUACUUAUACAGGAAACAUUCUUAUUGCUGUCAAUCCCUUUCAAGGGCUCCCGCAUCUUUAUGAUGCUGAGGUUAUGGAAAAGUACAAGGAAGCCUCGUUCAAAGAGUUGAGUCCUCAUGUUUUUGCAAUUGGUGGAAUUGCAUAUAGUCUGGAGCUAUAUCCCUACAUUGACAUCUCAAAUCCAGUUCUUGAGGCAUUUGGAAAUGCGAAGACUGUUAAGAACAACAAUUCCAGCUGCUACGAACUUGAUGGUGUGAAUGAUGCAGAGGAGUAUCUUGCUACUAGAAGGGCUAUGGAUGUAGUUGGAAUAAGUGAACAAGAACAGGAUGCAAUUUUCAGAGUUGUGGCUGCCAUUCUCCAUCUUGGGAAUAUUGAAUUUUCCAAGGGAGAAGAUGCUGAUUCAUCAUCUCUAAAAGAUGAACAGUCAAUGUUUCAUCUCCAAAUGACAUCAGAAUUGCUCAUGUGUGAUCCCUGUUCCUUGGAAGAUGCUUUGUGUAAGCGUAUGAUGGUCACCCCAGAAGAAGUUAUCAAGAGAAGUCUUGAUCCUCUUGGCGCUGCUGUUAGCAGGGAUGGUUUAGCAAAGACAAUAUACUCUAGACUCUUUGAUUGGUUGGUAAACAAAAUAAAUAUCUCUAUCGGGCAAGAUUCUCACUCUAGGCGCUUGAUCGGAGUCCUUGACAUUUAUGGGUUUGAGAGCUUUAAAACCAACAGCUUUGAGCAGUUCUGUAUCAAUUACACGAAUGAAAAGCUGCAACAGCAUUUCAACCAGCAUGUAUUCAAAAUGGAACAAGGUGAAUAUCAGAAAGAAGAAAUAGAUUGGAGCUAUGUGGAGUUUGUUGAUAAUCAAGAUGUUGUGGAUCUGAUUGAAAAGAAGCCGGGUGGUAUUAUUGCUCUUCUAGAUGAAGCAUGCAUGCUACCAAAAUCAACUCCUGAAACAUUUUCUGAGAAGCUGUAUCAAACAUUCAGGGAUCAUAAGCGCUUCAUAAAACCAAAAUUGACUCGCUCAGAUUUUACAUUAGUUCAUUAUGCAGGGGAUGUUCGGUACCAGUCCGAUCAAUUCUUAGACAAAAACAAAGACUAUGUUGUUGCCGAGCAUCAGGAUAUGUUAAUCGCUUCCAAAUGUUCUUUUGUGUCAGGCCUAUUUCCUCCUCUUCCUAAAGAGAGUAGCAAAUCUAAGUUUUCCUCAAUUGGCGCUCGUUUCAAGUUACAACUGCAACAGCUGAUGGAGACACUGAACUCUACGGAACCGCACUACAUCAGAUGUGUUAAGCCAAACAAUUUGUUGCAACCAACGGUGUUUGACAAUGCCAAUGUCUUGCAUCAAUUACGUUCUGGGGGUGUUCUUGAGGCCAUCAGAGUGAAAUGCGCUGGAUAUCCAACAAAUAGGACUUUCAUUGAAUUCUUAAAUCGAUUUAUCAUUCUUGCACCGGAAAUUCUGAAAGGAGAGUACGAAGCAGAUGUUGCAUGCAAGUGGAUUUUGGAGAAAAAGGGGCUUACAGGUUACCAGAUUGGAAAAAAUAAAGUUUUCCUGAGAGCUGGUCAAAUGGCUGAGCUAGAUGCACACAGAACAAGAGUGCUUGGCGAAGCAGCGAGGAUGAUUCAGGGGCAAGUUAGAACUCGUCUGACAAGAGAACGAUAUGUUCUCAUGCGGAGGGCUUCAGUUCAUAUACAGGCUAAUUGGAGAGGAAAUCUUGCACGAAAGAUAUCCACGAACAUGAGAAGGGAGGAAGCUGCCAUCAAAAUCCAGAAAAACUUACGUAGACAGAUUGCAAAGAAAGAUUAUGGAAACACCAAAUUAUCCGCAGUCACCUUGCAAAGUGGAGUCCGGACAAUGGCUGCACGCCAUGAAUUCCAUUUUAAACUGAAGUCUAGGGCAGCGACUGUGAUUCAGGCGUACUGGCGUGGUUACAGUGCUAUAUCUGACUACAAGAAACUGAAAAGAGCUUCUCUUGUGUAUCAAAGUAGACUAAGAGGAAGAAUUGCCAGAAAACAGUUGGGACAGCCAAAUCAGGCUGACAAAAACAAAGAGACAGAACAUGAAAGAGAGGGGGAACUUUCAAUCCAAGCAGAAGAUGGACUUGAUAAGUCCUUCGUAAUGCAUUCAGAUCAAAGUGAUGAUGAAGAGAUCGGAGAUAAACAAUAUCCAAAACUUUCCAUCCAAGCAGAAGAUGGACUUGAUAAGUCUUUCGUACUGCAUUCAGAUCAAAGUGAUGAUGAAGAGAUCGGAGAUGAACAAAAGCCAAAACUUUCCAUCCAAGCAGAAGAUGGACUUAAUAAGUCCUUCGUGAUGCAUUCAGAUCAAAGUGAUGAUGAAGAGAUCGGAGAUGAAGAAAAGCCAAAACUUUCCAUCCAAGAAGAAGAUGGACUUGAUAAGACCUUUGUAAUGCAUUCAGAUCAAAGUGAUGAUGAAGAGAUCGGACAUGAAAGACAUACAAAAGAUUCCAUCCAAGAAGAAGAUGGAAUUGACAAAUCCUUUGGUCUCGAUUCAGAGAAGCCUUUCAACAAUUUUUCUGUUGUCAGCCAAAUAACGGAUCCUAUUCGUGAUACAGAAAUGGAGUCCCUCACUGCCGAAGUUGAGAUGCUGAAGGCCUUGUUGCAAGUUGAGAAACAAAGAGCUGACAUUUCCGAAAGAAAAUGUGCUGAAGCUCGAGAACUUGGUGAGAGAAGACGCAAAAGGUUGUUAUAUUCUAUGUCGGACCAAUUCUCACAGUUGAAGUCCAUCUUGAGAUCUACUUCCAUGUCUUCAACGUUGGCUUCAGCGCCAGUUGUACGUGAUGAUCUUGCUGACAGCUCUGAGAACUCUGAAGCCUCAUCAAGUGAUUCUGAUUUCACUUUCCCGGCUCCAUCUCCUUCCGCAGACAGCUUUUCGUCAUUUAAUCCAAAUCAGCUGCAAGUCAUUGUUCAAGAUCUAUCAACCCCAGAAGCCAAAGGAACAGAGAACUAUGACAGUGAUAAGGAAGGAGGAUUUGAAGAUUACUUUUGAUGAUGAAGCGCCGAUUUUAUUUUCACCAGAUCUUUGGAGUGCUGAUAACCUCAUUACUCCGUUGUUGUGCCACAGUGCAAUUGUUUUACUGUUUAUUACACUUAGUUCAAACUCCAAUUGUAAUUUUCUCAUGAUUAGAUGCUGCAAUCAAUAACUGUGUAGGCCAGGUUCUAUGUGUUUAAUGCAUACAAAAGCCAUGUUUGUUUCUUCAACUAAUACAAUUGCUAAUGAAUUCCGGAAUUAUUAUGUUUC